AUGGCCGGGCUGUGGAAUGAGUACCAAGAAGAUGAGCGGAGUUAUGAGUCUGGCAGCCGAGGCAGCAACAGGGAAAGUUCUUUCAACACAUCUGUCAUCAAUUUGAAGGAGCCAGUAGAUUCUAUUGACAAGCGGCCAAUCUUUGAGAAGGAGGACACUUAUGUUAAAGAAACAGCAGCCAUAAUAAAGUUAGCCACUGCUAAUAGGAUACUAGUUGUGGGGCUAUUGAGCAACAAAAUGAAGAGAUUCUACACACAAGCUACCGAGCUGGAUGAUGUCUUAGAUAUUCCUAGACCUGUUGGUGAUAAAUUUCAUAACAUUUUUCUGGAUCCAACUGGUAAACAUUUGCUCGUUUCUAUGACUUCUGGGGAACUUUUUUACGGCUUCUAUGGUAAGCAAACCUUAUGGCCAUGCUCGAAACAAAUGAAGUUAUCUGUAAAGAUUGACUCUGUUGCCUGGAGUCAAACCAAGCAAACUGAUAUUGACACCAAGGAAAUUCUCAUAGGCAAUUCGCUUGGAACAAUUUAUGAAACUAAGCUUAAUCCUUCCUCUGAUAAACAACUUGUUGCAUACUCCAAAAUACUUUACAAUUUAGACAAACCAGAAGCUAUUACAGGUCUCGUUUAUUUUCAUGAAAAUGGUGAUCCGAAACAGAGGACCGUCGUUAUUGCCACUACUCCUACAAGAAUAUAUCAGUUUUUUGGCAGACUGAAAUCCAAUGAACAAUGCAAAUUUGGUUUUAUCUUUGGCGAGAAUAGUUUGCCUGAGUUCAAAGAAAACAUUGAAUCUUUGGGUCUUAUGGCUGUGGCGUACAUAAAGUAUCCUCAACCUCGCUCUCUUGUCUGGAUGACAGGCGUUGGGAUUCAGUAUUCAAGGAUUAAUAUCGACUCAGCCUCUUUUGACGAAGAGACUGUUUUGUCAGAAAAUAAACUGACCCCAUUCACUGACAAAGGUAUUCCAGUGGCUAUUGGUGUCUCAGAGUUUCAUUUAUUGCUUAUGUAUGAGAAUGGUUUUGAGGCGAAAAGUCUCAUAAAUUGGAAACAUGUUCAUUAUGAGCCCUUGAGAACUCCAGGAGGAACUUACAAUACUCUUGCUCUCGAUCCAAUGGACCAAAGUAAAUUCUUCUGCUCUGCAAAGCAAAGCAUCAUCAGAUUUAAGAUCCACAAAGAGGAUCGUAACGUCUGGAGGAUGUAUAUGCAGCUUCGUAAAUUCCAAGAAGCAGAGAAAUACGCUGAUGGAGAUCAGACUAAACUUUUUGAGAUUGCUAGCGAGGAAGGUGAUUAUUAUUUUGAGCAGAAGUACUACGAUGAUGCUGCUCAAACGUAUGCACUUUCACAUAGAUCAUUUGAGGAGAUCGCACUCAAAUUUAUCAAUGAAAGCACCACACCUGCUCUCAUGAACUUCUUGAGAUCAAAACUGGAUUCAAUCAACAACUCCAACAGCCCAACUCAGAUCUGCAUGCUUGUCGUUUGGAUUGUUGAACUCUAUCUAAGCGAAAUUAGUAGUUUGGAGAAGCAACAACAAUCUAGUGAAGAAGAGUGUGACACUGUCCAGUCUACUAGGGCUGACUUAAGGAACUUUCUUGGCAAUGAGUUUGUUAGCAGGAACAUAAAGAAGAAUAAGCCUAUUAUCAAAGUGAUCCAGGAGAUGAUGGCUAGCUAUGGCGACACCUCUGAUAUGAUAUACUUCGCUGAUCUAAUGGAAGAUAUUGAGAAAGUAAUAAUGCAUCACAUUCAUGAUCAACAGUAUGCCUCAGCUCUAAAUACCCUGCGGAAACGGAGGAGUCCUGAACUGUUUUACAAGUAUACCCCUACACUUAUGAAGUACAUCCCACGAAACACAGUAGAAGUGUUGGAGCAGUUUGGAAGACAUCUUGAUCCCAAACAACUGUUACCUUCCUUCAUCCAUUGUAAAACCCUGGAUCAGAAGGAACAGGCUCUGAAGUAUCUUCAGUUCGUUGUUUUCAGCACUAAAUGUAAAGAUGAAGCUAUCCACAACUUUCUCUUAUCCCUUGUGGUUCAGCAAGACGAUGAAGGUUUGCUCCUUGAGUUUUUAGAUAAAACUGAUGCAAAUGUAGAUAGAAAAUAUGCACUGAGACUGUGCUCAGAGCACAGGAAAUGGAAAGCAUGUUGUUACAUUUACACCAAGAUGGGGCUUUAUGAGGAAGCAGUGAAACUAGCCCUAACUAAGCUGGGAAAUGUCCACGAAGCGGAGAAAACAGCGUUGGAAGCCCAGAGUUACAGUCGCCCUGAACAACAGGAGAUGAUAAAGAAGCUCUGGUUGAUGAUUGCAAGACAUGUUGUGGAGGAGGAGAAGGAUAUUAAACGUGUAAUGGAAGUGAUCAACAGAGCUGAACAGGUGUUGAAGAUAGAGGAUAUUCUCCCAUUCUUCAACGACUUCUUUUACAUUGACGACUUCAAAGAUUCCAUCUGUAAGUCUUUGGAGAUCUAUAAUCAGAACAUCAACCAGUUGAAUGAUGACAUGAAGGACGCUACUGAUAGUGCUGAGAGAAUACAUAAUGACAUAGAUAAUCUGAAACGUAAGAACUGUGUGGUGGAAUCCUCCAAGAGUUGCUACCUCUGUGAUAUUCCCUUGCUUACACGCUCCUUUUAUGUUUUCCCCUGCAGCCACAUGUUUCAUACUGCCUGUCUUGUCAAGGAGAUAACUGGUUAUCUUUCCAAGAGAAAGGCUGAGGAAGUGUCUCAAAUUUACAAAGUUUUGCUAAAUCUGAAGGACGAAGAUCAGACGAGAACUGAAUCCUACCGGCGUGCAAAGUGUGAGCUGGAUGAGAUGAUAGCGGAGGAGUGUCUGAUGUGUGGAGAGUACAUGAUUCAGAGUAUAGACACACCCUUCUUACCUCGAGAUGAGUACCUGUUUGAAAAGCUAAGGUCGGAGUGGUCUUAAUGCAGGCUCAAACCUUUUGUUUAUUGAAUUUUAGAUAAUUAUCGGUUGUUGAUCAACUUACAUAUUUUGAUGCAUACCUUUUUAUUUUUGUACUUGGAUUUGAUUUUGAUGAUGAACUGGUCGGAUUAUAUUAAAGAUUGAAGUUUAUUUAGUUGUAAAGUCAUAUGUUGGAUAAAGACUAGAAACUGUUGAUGCUUUGUUUGAAUAUUUUGAUUUUGUAGUUAAAUUAUCCACAAUUACAAGUUAAUAGCUGAACUGUACUCUGUAGUAACUAGUAGUAACUACUAGUAACUAUAGGAACCAUAGUAGAAAGGUGUUGUUAUUCAGCUGUAAGAACUGAACAUAUUGAAAGUACUAGUGUAACCCGUAUAGAUUGUUCAAUUAUUCUUGUUUAUAUUGAUUAGUUGAUUGAAUACUCUACGAUUUUUGUUUUUGACA